GUCAUCAGUAGAGACUGACGGAUGAAGACGUCUGUAUGUGGAUGUUUGUGAGUGAGAGAGAACGAGCUCCCAUGCGUGUGGCCCUCACCUGAAACAUGAGCAGGACCUUCACCGCAGCUCUGCUCUUCACUCUGGUCUCAGCUCUUCUCCUCAGGACCUCGAUUGCCACAGCUGCUGAAGACACUGAGGGAUCAGGCUAUGACCUGGACACGUCUGGUUCAGGGGAUGGGUCAGAGCAAGAUGAGGUCACCUACGUCAUGGAUCGUCCCGGCAGCGAGGAGCGGCCUCUCGACAGACCUCUGUGGGCUGACAGAGACGUGAGGUCAGAAUACGUCAUCGUGCCAAAAAGCAAGAGCUUCUUGGAGAACCCACAGAUCGUCGGAGGUAUCAUCGCAGGAGGAGUAACAGGGAUGGUACUGGCAUUGAUACUGAUGGCAAUAUUAAUAUACAAGUGGCGCAACAAAGAUAACGUAGGAUACUUUCAGGGCCAGCAGACACACAGGGAAGGAGAUGAUUAACUCCCCUGAUAAACUAUCUCACUGAUAUUGAUGUUAUCCGAUAUCUGCAGCUACAUCAAAUGUGUUCUGUCCUCAGGUGUUUGGCGGAGAGAGUAGGGGUGCAGAAUGCAAAUGUGUCCACUGUUUAUUGGUAUUUAUUAAUUGAUAGGGUAACAUAUGAAAAAUUGUCAGUUAAGACUAGAUUACUGUUAUGUUUGGUGUCGUUUAUUAAGAAACUGCUGCAGCUGCCAAUGAGGCCACUUCUUUUGUAUAAAUUAUUUGUGGAAAUCGGAUGCUGGGAAUAAUCCUACUUGUCCAAUAGUGACCUUUAAAAAACUAUUGCUUUGUUUGAAUCUUUCAUUAUGUAUCUUUCAGCACACAUUUAUGUAGCACUUUAUCCUAAAAUGAUAAGACCGAGAGUCACAUAUGCAGGAAAUGACAUGUCAUAAUAGGAAACAGGUUGUAAAUAAUAGAGCAAUAGAUAAUAAUAAAUAUCCCGUGUAUCAGCAUGAGUUAGGGGAUCCUGUUGUUGGGUUUGUUGGUUCACUGUCAUUCUGUUGUUUAUAUUAUAAACACCAAAGUCUUAUCUGCUGAAGGACUGUGACGCACUGUGUGACGGAGGAAACCUCAAUUACUGAAAUAUUACUUUGAAUCCAGGGAAAAUUAUAUAAGGUUGUGCAUUAAAUAUUGUUUACAAUGAGGUGAUGAUACAUAGAUGCUCUAAUGUAUCACAUGUUGACCAUGCUCUGUAUCUGCUAUAAAAUAUUUAAUGUUUUUCUAUUGUAUAAUUCCUAAUAAAUUAGUUAUAUAACAUUUAA